CCUCAACCGCCUUCCUUAUUGCAGCCUGCACCUGCAUUUUGUCGUCCCGAUAGUGCUGAUCCAUUCCAAGAAAGCAUCAUGUCGUCCUCGUCACCGUUGUUGGCGUCUCCAAUCGCACCACCUUCACCUAACCUUACGAAAUCGCCCCAAACAAGCACAAUGGCCCCAGGAGAUCGCUCACGAGGGCGAGAUGUUCACAUCUACAGCAUUAAAGACCCUGCUACAGUACUUUUUGGUCUAAUUCUCACAAAUGGUGUCACGAAUGCCAACCUUUAUUCAAUGGCGGAGAUCCUUGUGUUGUUCACGUGUACCUUUGAAUUGCACGAUGAAAACGAGGCGAAAAUUCAAAGAAAUGAUGAGCCGCUUCAGCCUGGUAAAUACUAUAUUCACACUGUCGGCACUUUCGCGAUUAAUGACGAGCCGUGGUUGGUUCGUACGAUAUCUCAAGCGACUGGAACUCGCGUGCAAUCCUUUUGCCAUAAUGUCCGGGAACGAGAUCGUCGAUGCGUCGUCUCUGGCAUCAGAGUACCUGGUGCACAUGUCGACCGUUGGACAGGCUUCGAAGCGGCUCACAUCUUUCCGUUGGCGUACGAAGAUCAUUGGAGGAAUAACGAAUACGAUCGCUGGAUUACAAUUCCACCGGCCAGUGGAGGGAGCAUCAAUUCAGUACAGAAUGGCUUCUUACUUGAUUCUGCCAUACACCAGCUCUUCGAUAGCUACUGCUUCUCAAUCAAUCCGGAUGACAAUCACAAGAUUGUAUUCUUUACGUUCGAUGCGAGAAACCUUGCUGGGAAGCAUCUUGAUAUCGAGUUCUUGAACGACCCCCAGCGGCCAGUUGAUCAGCUUCUGCGAUGGCACUUCAGGCAGGCGGUCCUGGCAAACAUGAGAGGUGCUGGAGAGCCCCUGUUCGAGCAUGAUUUCCCGCCUGGCUCUGAUAUUGUUGGUGACAUUCUCAAUGGUCCAAAGCCUGCUGAAAGAAUGGAGUUUGAGCUGUUCAGUCGCCUGGCGGCUUAGGUUAGAAUGCAUGACAUUUCUUCUACUUAGUAACCAGAAAAAACAACUGUAGAACAUCCAAUAACACAUUAAAUUAAUAUAUCAAGACAAA